CGCGAAAAGCGCUUCUCCACUGCAACGUUUUGACCCUUUCUACCCCGACGCUCCGACCUCGCCUCUUUUUCUUCGUCACUUGACAACACACGCUCAGCAAGAUUAACAGCUGAAGGGUCCCUAUAUGCACCAUGUUGCCCCAGAAGGGUCACAAGAUCCCGUUGACCCGGUCCGCUGCACGGAGACCCUCGAAUUGCCGAGCACUCCUCGCAUGUGUGAAAUGCAAGGAGAAGAAAUGGAAGUGUGACAAUAAUCCCUCAGGGUGUAACAACUGUCUGCGUGCUGAAUCUGUCUGCCUCGUGGAAGACCCCGUCACGAGGACAUAUCGGCCCCGAAACUACAUUGAGACCCUCGAAAAACGAGUAGAAUUUCUCGAGAGCCUACUGAAGGAAUGCCGUCCUGAUCUCGUUAAUAGCGACCUCUUCAAACUUCAUGCACAUGAGAAACAAAAAUCACCUAAUGUUUUCCCGCGGAUAAAUCACAUCAACAAUUCUGAUAUUCACCGUAGUGAUGACAGGAGUUCCCAGAAAGCCAAAGAUGAUUCGCAACGAGACGACGCUGUCGACAAACUGGAAUCAAAGGUUGGCCUACUGAGUCUCAAUGCGGCGGGCGCCGAGCCUCAGUAUCUGGGUUCGUCUUCAAUAUUCGCCUUUUCGCGCUUGAUCAGUCCAUCUCUUCGCCAGGUGGUUUCUUCUGAGCUUCCCACGGAUACCGUGGACGAUGACGCAGAUAAUCGCGUCUCUGUGCUACCGUCACCAUGCCUGUUACCCGAUCACGAGUCGGCUGUCAAGCUCAGUAAUGUCUAUUUCCAGAAUGUGAAUGUACACUACCCCGUCCUACAUGAGCCGAGCUUCAGGAUAUGGGAGUCGAUGCUGCUACACGAGUCAGUAGGGCCGGGAAAUCUUCGUCCGGACUCUCUCUCAUUAUUCUUCUUGAAUAUGGUAUAUGCUGUUGGAGCGUUGCUUCUGCCCCACCUAGGUUUUUCAGCGGAACGGCUGUACACAUCAGCAUUAAUGUAUAUCGAUGAUAUCCUGAUCCACGAUAACCUCGAAGCGGUGCAGGCCAUCUUGUGCUGCGCCAUCUACUCCGUGAGAUCCCCGACGGGCACUUCGCACUGGAAGCUUGGCAGUCUGGCGCUGCGUCAGUGUAUCGAUCUGGGCUAUCAUCGACAUACAAAACACUUUCUACUUCCUCAAGAGAGUUUGGUUAGGGUUGAACUUCGCAAGCGGGUGUUCUGGUGUGCCUACGUGAUAGAGACCCAGGCUGCUGUCAUGCUGGGUCGGCCUUUGAGUGUGCCUUACCAAGAGGUUGACGCUGAAUAUCCCAUCGACAUUGACGAUACGUGCAUCACAAAUACAGGUCUAAUAGGCACACCCCGGAGCUGCCCGCAGGAGCCACCCACCAGCAUGACGAGAGCGAUCUGUACCUUUCGCAUGCGACGUCUUCUGAAUCUCAUCCACACCCGACUGUACUCGAAGGCAGACCCAGUCUACUCGGGCAAUCACGACCAGCAGACCGACGUUGCGAACAUCCUCGCUGAGAUUGAGAAGUGGCGCUCCGAGCUUCCGCACUCGCCGCUCUCCCGGGACAACGAGGACCUGGCCUUAUUCACGAGCGCCGACUGGUAUGACCUGGAGUACAAUUACACAAUCUUACAGCUCUGUCGCGCCCAGAUCCUCGACCACCGGGCGGGGAGGGUGACCGAGGAGAUUUUCCUGGAAUGUCAUCGUGCCGCAGAAAACAUCUGCCAGAGCUACCGUCGCCAGUUCCUGGGGAAGCCGACGAGCUGUACCUGGGCUGCGCUGCAUGAGCUGUUCCUGGCGGGAUUGACAUAUCUCCACUGUCUGUGGACCUCGCCUGCAGCGCGAGAAGUCUCUGGCCCCGCGCAGGCAAACAGUACCUGUAACGAUUGCACGAUCGCGUUGGUGAUCAUGGCGGAACGGUGGGAUGUUGCGGCGCCUUACCGGGACAUCUUUGUGGCCCUUGCAAGCCGGACAAUGUCGAUGGUCAGUGAGAAGGCUCAUAACGAUGGAGUAUCUCAAUUUGUAGGGUUGGGCGACUCUGAAAAUCGAGCUGAACAGGGCGAAUGCACGGAAUGGAUGAAGAUCGUGGCUGACGCUGGGGUGCUCAAGGGCUCUAAUGCGCUGUUCACCGGCAUAGCGAGGGAUUAGCGUCUCCUCUCAAUAUGAAGAGCUGCCUAAUGCCCCUUUCUUGUUCAUUUGGUACCCCACGUGAUAUGAAUAACACGAAAUCUCACAAAGGCUAUACAGUUUGAGGUACGACAUGGGGAUAUGAACUGCUACGUUCGAAAGUGGAUAUCAUUGUUUUUAAC